AUGGCUUUCCGCAAUCCAGUCUCUCAGUUCGCCAAAAGAGCAUCUCCGUCAACGAUAUCCAGAUUAACGAGUACUCCGACAUCUUCAUUAUGGCAUCGAAGCAGUGCGGAUCAAUUGCGGAAUUUUGCGACACCAGUACCUCCUGUAACCCAAGAUGCGACGAGCUCAAAGGGGGCUACAGCAAUGGUCUUUAUGAAUAUGGGAGGUCCAUCAACAACCGGCGAAGUUAAGGAUUUCUUGAGCAGGCUCUUCGCCGAUGCAGAUUUGAUACCCCUCGGACGAUUCCAAAAUUAUCUUGGACCUCUAAUCUCGAGCCGUCGAACUCCCAAGAUUCAAAAGCAGUAUGCAGAAAUUGGUGGCGGAUCUCCAAUUCGCAAGUGGUCGGAAUAUCAAGCUGCGGAGAUGUGCAAGAUUUUGGACAAGAUCUCGCCAGAGACAGCUCCUCACAAGCCAUACGUUGCAUUUCGAUACGCCAAUCCGUUGACGGAGGAAAUGUACAACAAGUUAUUAGAGGAUGGAUUUGGUGGCGGGAAAGGUGGACGAGCCGUUGCGUUUACACAAUACCCACAGUAUAGCUGCUCGACGACAGGAAGUAGCUUAAACGAAUUAUGGAAGUGGAGACAAAGACUUGAAGGAAAGGGUGAGGGCGAUUUGAAUGGUGCUAACGAUGGAAGCAUCAACUGGAGUGUGAUUGAUCGAUGGCCGGUACAUCCGGGAUUGGUUGAUGCAAUUGCUCUUAAUAUUGAGGACAAGCUUGCUGAGUAUCCCGAGAGCGAGAGAGAUGAUGUGGUUUUACUGUUCUCGGCUCACAGCUUACCAAUGGAUGUGGUCAACAGAGGAGAUCCAUAUCCUGCUGAAGUUGCUGCCACUGUCAAUGCAGUGAUGCAUCGACUAAAACAUUCUCAUCCUUACCGUCUAGUUUGGCAGUCACAAGUCGGACCUAAGGCAUGGCUAGGUGCUCAGACCAGCGACACGGUCGAGAACUACAUCAAGAAGGGCCAGAAGAAUAUGAUCCUCAUCCCAGUAGCGUUUACAUCUGACCAUAUCGAAACUCUCUACGAGCUGGACAAGGAAGUCAUUGGAGAGUCAGGCCAUGCUGAUACUAUCAAACGAUCAGAGAGCUUGAAUGGCCACCCAGUGUUCAUUCAAGCUUUAGCAGAUAUUGCUAAGUCACAUUUAGACAGCGGAGAGGUCUGUAGCAAGCAAAUGGGGCUGAGAUGUCCAGGAUGCAAGAGUGAGAGAUGUGCCGAGAGCAAAAAGUUCUUUGCAGGCCAAGGCGCAGGUGAGACCUUUGCAGUCUAG